GCACGUCUAGCCAGUAGCCAGCCAGUCCGUCACACACGCGCGAGUCGACCACACGCUAGCGCGCGAUUAAAAAAUAAAAUUAAAAACAAAACCGCCAUGUUGCUUGUCGUAUCUCUUGCGGUCUUGUUGGCCAGUGUUCAAGCCAAAUUUUACACGGAUUGUGGUUCGACGUUUGGGUCCGUGGCGAAAGUAGGUGUGAGCGGGUGCGACGACUCGGCCAAGGAGUGCAUCCUCAAAAGAAACACCAAUGCCACCAUCACUAUAGAUUUCACACCAACGAUAGCAGCGAAAGAGAUAACCACAGAAGUCCACGGGGUCAUCAUGAACCUCCCCGUGCCGUUCCCUCUGCCGCAGCCCGACGCCUGCAAGGGCAGUGGACUAACCUGCCCACUCAAGGCCGGUGAACUAGCCAACUACGUGACGUCAUUGCCAGUCCUCAAGUCGUACCCCAAGGUCAAGGUCGAUGUCAAGUGGGAGCUCAAGACGGACAGCGGAGACCUGGUCUGCAUCAUGAUCCCGGCCAAGAUCAAUUAAGUACGAUAAUACGUCUUACUACGAAAGGAAGUUCUUCGGAUUGUUAUUAUUUGCAAACAAAACGCGAGGUCAUAUUUAUUACAGUUUUGUUCCCAUUUUUUCCUGCCCCACGUGUCCGCCGACAUAUGGUGGGGAACAGAUGAAUGAUUCAUAUGAAUGCUCAUGGGCGUAGGCAGGUACAGGCUGGGGGGGGCAGCCGUUCAGUGUUAGUCAGCCGUUAAAGUCAGGUCGUUCAGUGACAGAUCCAGGCGGCUUUGUAUUUGGUUGGUUAAACAAUAAAUGUUAUAACUACUCAAAAAUGUACAAAUUGUUUGUUUACUUUUAUUAAAAUACCUAAAAAUACAGAGUAUAUAUUUGGCCCCAUCGUUAAACAAUAAUAAUGUGACGUUUAAGAUUUUGUAUACACAUAUUUAUACUAUGUAGUUAUACUUCACUGUUGUCUUAGCCGAACAAUAAAUCGCAAAUAAGAACCACAUUAAUUUUGUGGUUAUUAUGUAAUAAGUUUUAAACUUUUGACGCCAAUAAUUCCAUUGUGCGUUUCGUUUUUAGGAAUAUUUCCACUUCCAAGGAGGGAAUAUCAUUGGAAAUAUUACUAGGCGCAGAACUUCACUAUUUGUUAGUAAGAUGUUAAAACAACUUAAGUCCUUAAAGGUAUAUAUUUGAUUGGCAGAGACAGAUGAUAUUUAAGUUUUGAAUGUUUGAGGGAAAAGUAUUAAGAAAAUUAAUAUAAAUUGUAAAAACUUCUGAUCGAACUACGUUUCGAAUCCGAAUUGCGAGCCGACAUUUACGAAAUUGUGAAAAAUCUACUAUUUUCCAAAUGUUUAUCCCAGACACUUAAAUAAUUUAGGGGAUAUAGGGCGUCCGCUAGCGUGCGCGGGUGCACGGAGGGAGCGCACGCACGCGGGUGCUAUUGUAGGUAAAUCCGUCGCUCGCGUCCGCGUCAGUUAGCGUUGCUCAUACUAUGUUUUGUUAACCGUCACCCGCUCCGUGCAACCGCGCCCGCUAGCGAACGGCCUAAAACAGUUUAUGUAUAAGUUACUAGUGUUAGACCAAGAUAAGUCUGCAACGAUUUGGAUAGUGCAAGUGUUAUUUUAAACUUCAAAGUUCUAUAAAAUUAUGACGUAUAAAUAACACUGCGUGCGCUAUCAAAAUCGUUGCAGACUUGUCUUGGUCUAACACUAUAGCAAUCGCUCAUAUUUUAUUUUUUUCCCUUAUUUAUUUGUAUCACGUUUUACCCUCUGAGUAUGUUUUAUUUAUUUUUAAUACGUGGUUAAUUUUAUACGAUAACUAUAAUUUUGUUUUAUCAUUUGCUAUGCUUUUUCAAUUGGUCACAAGUCAUGUUUCUAACGUAUUAUAUGUGCUUUGAGAUCUUGCCUGACAUAGUUAAGGAAAUGAAUCUGAAGUAAAAUAACUAACUAUUCUUGUAUACUUCAUGCAUUGACCAAAGUUUUUGUGAUAAUUAUUAAUUAACAUGUAGUUUCAAUAAUAGUUAUGUUUUAUAUUAGAAUAGCAAAGCAACAUCACAAUUACUUAAUUAUUAUUGAAACCACAAAUGUAACGUGUAAAAACGAAUAAAACUGAUGAUAAUAAAA